ACCUGGUAGAGAUCUCAGAGAGUGAACACUGCUUCAGUUAGGUCUUCAUUCACGAUAUCUGUCAGCCAUUGAAUCUCAGCCAUAUUCAGAACAUUUGAACCUGCGAGGGCUUAGCCAUCAUUAUUUAUAAAUAGGUCCUGCAAUCAGGAGGUGAUCCAUCAGAGGAUUAAUGGAAAAAGACGUUAAACAGAGAGAGAAAGCAAGAGCCUUUGUCUGGGGUGGACAAAGAGCGGAAAGAAUGUCGGAAAGGGCCGAAGAUGACGUCAGAGCGGAGCAGCGCAAAGCGACCAGGCAACCAAAGCAGCAGCAGAUCCAGCAGGGAGAGAGUGUCACAGCAAUGGCGACUGUAGGGGAGCGCAGAUCUCUGCCCAGUCCAGAAAUAAUGUUGGGACAGCCCUGGAGCAACUGGGUCGUUGCUGCUAAGCUCCACGGGAACGACGGUGCAGAAUCGGAAGAAAGUUUGAAAGAGUGGGGGGGAAAUCGGGAAGCCAUGCGGCUUUGCAGAGACGACAUGCCCAUAUUUGGACAGUGCCCAGCGCAAGAUGACUUCUAUCUGGUGAUGUGCAGUUGCUGCAGUCAGGUGGUCAAACCACAGGCCUUUCAAGCACAUUACGAGAGAAGACACGGCCCGUCCAGCAAGCUCCCGUCGGCUGCCUUCCCCCUGCCCACACUGGUCUCCCGCCGCAACGGCUCCACACCCCACGCCAAAACCCUCAAACCGGCCAAAGAGAAGCUGCCUGCACACCUCAGGGUGCUACACCACAAAAUCCUCUCUCCGGCAGUGAAAGUGGAGAAGAUCCCUCUGAAGGCGCUGGACGGCCACUCCGCCUCGGCCCCGGCCGCCGUGACCUCCACUCUGAGGCCCAGCCUUAACUGCCCCUCCAUACCAAAGGCCCCCCUCCUGCCCCCCGGCCACGUGCCCAACGGGAAAGCCCCCCUGUCCUCUCUGGAGAAGAGGCAGGAUGACGGCUCCGGCAGCAGGAGACACCUGCACAAGAAGCUGUCGGAGCGUGAAUUUAAUGCAGAUUUCCACUGUGGAGUGUUGGACCUGACGACACGGAAGCCAUGCACAAGAUCGCUAACAUGCAAGACGCAUUCCUUAACCCAGCGGAGGGCCGUCCUGGGGCGGAGGAAGCGAUUCGACGUGCUGUUAGCGGAACACAAGAGCCGAGCGAGGGAGAAGGAGCUGCAGUGUAGCGCGGACCCCUCUCAGCAGGCCCCACCUCUCAGGGACACCACCCCCUCCCCCUCGCCCUCCCCCGUCCCCCACGGCAACAGCACCGCUGACACCAAGCCUUCCGCGCCAAGCAAGCCCAGACCUCACAAUCACAAUCCCUGUCUUCCGCGACCGAACAGCUAUCCCGCACACUUAGGGGGAAACGGUCACGCCCUUGUCCUGCUCCGAGACUCGCCUCUCCAGUCCGCUCCCCCCCCAGACGGGACCUCCCGUCUGUCCAGCGAUGAAGGGGAGAACGAAGAGAGGGAGGAGGGCUCCCACCCUCGGCCUGCUGCUUUUUGCACCUUUGGGAGCCGUCAGUUUGGGAGAAGCUGCUACACGUUCAGCCGACGGUGGGAUCGGGUUCGAAAUGCCCUCAGUGCCAUGGUGGAAAAACACCUCAGCUCUCAGAUGUGGAAGAAAAUCCCGCCCGCCUCGCAGAACUCCACGCCCCACAGGACGAACGGCAACUCCCCGGCCCCGCCCCACCACAGCAGCAGCGGUGGCGGGUUCCUCCCGCCGGCCCCCCCGCCGCUGCCCUCGUCCCCCUACUCUCAGUCCCUGGACAGCAGAGCCGUGCUCUCCUACGGGACCACCCUGAGCGCCAGGCAUGACCGGCCCCCCUACAACAGCGCUCAGCCCAGGCAGGGCCCCUCCUGGCCCCAGGUCCCGUCUCUGGCCUCCAGCCGGCCAGGCCUGAAGACCAGGCCUGGAACGAAGCCCUUCAGGUCCAAGGAGGCCGCGCCCACCACCACCACCAACUCCACUGGCAGCCUGGGCGUGGCCAAGAAGAGGAAGAGCAGCUCGCCAACACACCCCACCGAAUCGUCAUCCUCCUCCUCCUCUUCCUCCGUCUCUCCAGUGCUGAGGAAGAACUGCGUUCUGAACUCCAGGGGCCCGGGGAGUGCCCGCCCGCCCUCGCUCGCGACCCCGCCGCACCAUGGAUCCGCCCUCGGAAUCAGGCUCGACCAAUCGGGGAGGGGCCCUCCGACGGGCAGCCCGGCCGAACCAAUCAAGCGCAUGAGCGUGGUGAUGAACAGCAGCGACUCCACCCUCUCUCUGGGGCCCUUCGUGGCGCACGCGCCAGGCGGCGGCCUCGAGGGGAAGAGGCUCAAAGGGCCGGGGGCCCAGGGCCCCGGGAGGGCCCUCAAAAUGGCCAAGCUCCCAGCGCUCAACAAUGUCCACGGCAAGCAUGGCCAAACCAUCCCAGGGUCACAAGGGCUUCCCCAUAAUGCCUUUAUACAACAGCCCAAGGCACGUCCCUGACGGGGGGUUGUGUGGUUUCCCACAAUUCCGAGCCAAAUAACCACACGGGCUCUCCCCGCCGCUCCAAACCGGAGGAGGCCUUGCCUUGCUGUCCCAUGAUCCUCAGGGGCAGAGACCCGUCGGGACAGAGGCGGUAACCCCGCAGAAUCCCCCAAACAAAGCCAUUUGCUGCGGGCAGCUCGCUGUGACAACGGAGGCCGUACAGAUGGGGUCAUCGUUGCCCGUGUUGCGUGUUGCAGUUGACUGGAUUGGCUGGCUGGUCUUCCUUUAGAAGGCAAAUGUGUUGUGUGACCUCUCACUGCAGCUGUACGGUACAGACUACGGGGCCAUGCAAAAAUACGCACAUACACACACACGCACGCACACACACUUUGGUGAUGAAAUGCUAUCUUCCUUGUAGCACGGAUGCAGAAGCAGGCAAUCUGUGUUUUAGCAGGUCAGGUUCUGCUGAGCUAAGAUUUUAAAGAGGUUCAACCAUCACUUGAAGUCAAGCCUGGGAAAACUGUAGGUAGCUCAAACUAACAGUGAUUACAACUAAUUCCCCAUUUUCUGCUGGGUUUUACGGUUUCAUCUUUUUUUUUUUUUUAUUGCUCAACUUCAACUAUGGAACCGUGUCUGUUUGUCUAUGAACACCAAUCCGCACUUGAAUAGGUUAUUAGAUCAAGUUAUGAAGUUCAGCAGUUAUCCGAACCAACUCCUGCUCAAAGGUUUCCUGACACUUGUGGUGUUUUAAGUGAUUCUUUGUGAUUAUUUAAACAAGGGCAUAUAUAGUUGUGGAAAAUGAAAGCCAUCAAUCCAGAAUUUUAGAUUCCACUUCAGUUUCAUGCCUUUGAUAGUGAUGAGUUGCAGUGCUCAUUCCAGCAGACACACACACACACACACACACACACAUACACAUACACAUACACAGUCACACUUGCUCACUUACACACACAUACACAGGCACACCAUAACACACACGCCCACACUCAGAGACACACACACACACAGCUCUGAAGACCAAACCUAACUAUUGAAAUAAUAAACAUAGGACCACGAUUGCUGUUUUAAUUCAUGUCUGUUCUGAGAAAAACCACAUCUUAGCUAGUUUUUACAAACUUGAUCUAGCAGUGAAUGUCAGGUCAGAUAUGCUAAAUAUGAACAUACCUUUUUUAACUAGCUAAAAGUAAUUGAAGGCCAUUGACUUGUUAUAGAUUGUAUCAUCUGGAAACCAAUGCCACCUUUUGUCAACUACAAGAUAUUACUGUGAAUAGUAUUGCCUAAACAGAACACUAUUAUGUACACAGAUUAUGCAAGUUUGUUUUGUUUCUCUUCCCUGCAGCUGGUAUUGUGUGACUACUGUGCACAGGUCAGGAAUACAUGCAACUGUCCAGUUCAGCUUUACCAUGUGUUUUUGCAAUCCAUCGAGAGCUAAAUUCAUACCUUUGAUAAAGGUCAGCAAAGAAUGCUGUGAAAUAAACAAUACAGGUCAUGAGCUGAACUUGAUGAUAAAAUAAUGUUAGGUAAAUAAUAUUAUCUUGAAUUAAUUGCUCAGAGAAAAAAAGAAAUUGCAGAGCUAAUAUAUUACCAUUAAAGAUUUUUAUCACAAUUAUUCACACCCUAAUAAUUAUUUUAAAAUCCGUCAACAAUAAAUCUGCAUUGAUAGGCUGCCUUUGACUGUUAAUCUCAUUCCUAAGGAACUGUAUUAUAGCCUCCUGUGUUCCCCUGGGGUAUAAAAAUGAGGUAACACAUGUAGUCCAUGGCAGCGUCCAAAAUCAAAUACUAUCUUAUCCUAUUUAGGAUGUCAAAAUAGUAUUAGUAUGUCCGAAAACCAUAGCCGCAUAAAAUGUCGUGCUAAAACCUGGAUGUCAGAUGUCAGGUGAAAUAUAGUGUGUGAACUCUGGACACUAUGCUGGCACGAGUAUCCCACAGUGCACUGCAAUAGGUCACAAAAUGGUGAAUCAUUUGCCAAGUAAGACCUAGAAUUAAAUGCUCUCCCAUUUCCAUGUGAUGAGUUCAGCCUUAAGACGGUGUGUCUGGCUGUGAAAGCCGUAAAACUGACAGGCAAGCAAACGUCCUAGAAAGAAAAGGCUUAAGUCUUAAUUAGUGACAGAUGGGAAACAAGCCUGGGAUAAGUACACCUCUUCUGCCACUUGAAAAAUAUUUUGAGGACUGCUGAAUUUGAAACAUUAAUGGCAAACUCUUAAGGUGGAAGUUCAGCUACUGUAUAUUCAAGCUUCUCUUGCCAUUCCUGUAGAUUUCUCAACCCUAAUGAUGUCUGGCAGUCAAUGUAGCCGCAACGAGUCAGAUUUCUAUCUAUUCCUUUGGCUUUUUCUUCUGCGUAUUACAAAAUAUUGAAGUAUCCCUAUUUCAGAUGGCAUAUUUUGUUAAAUGUACAUAUUUGAAUAUGUAUUUUUGCACAUGCAUUUUUCUUAUCCAUUUUUCCUACAAUUGAUCAGUAUGUAUUUAUUUACAAAAUAAAAUAAUACUUUAAAUUACUUUUAACUCAGUGGUUCACUGCCAAGCCAAUAAUGCAAUACACCUAUUAAAAAAAAAAAAAAAAAAAAACAGAUGGGCAGUCUCAGGUCCUUUAAGGAUGAAACAUAGUCAUGCAAGUGCAACCAAAACGCCUUUUAAAUGGAGGCGGUCCGUGCACCAUGUGUACGGCUGAUUGGUCCUUUUAGACCAAUGAAGUGAAGCCACGUCAAAGCAAAGAAUGUUGAAGGCUGUCCCAGUCACUGGACUUGCUGACCUAGCCCAUCUCUCCCAUCCAUACUUCUGGCCUGUUAACGUUUCAUAAGGGCAACAAAACUUUUAAAGUUGUAGGGAGCAGGGAGAUUAUAUUCCUAAAAUACGAAUAAUUAAUCUACAAUACAGCUGCUUGCAUCAUGGUUGCCAAACCUUUGUGUUAAAACACUGCUUUUAUUGCGAGUUUUACUUUUGCAGCCUUUACAAUAAUUGAACAAAGAAAGUGCCUGAGAAUGCUUUGAGACUGUUUAAUUGUAGCUUCUUAUUUCCCCCCCCCCAAGACUUGAAUGUUUUUAGGAGCUUGCUUUUCCCAUGUCUGCUUCCGGGUCUUAACUGUAGAAUAAAACAGUGUUAGCUAGUGUCGGUGACAAACUCCAGUGAAGAGGACCUGCUCUUGAAAAACUUAAGUGAAUUUUUUUUUAAAUUUGGGUCCUGGUUGAUCUGUUAAAUUGACUACUGUUGAAUUGUAAUUCAAGCCCCCACCCCCCUCCCCAAAUGAAAAUAUUAUGUACUGAACCUGUGUGUUCAUAUGACUGAACACCUGUUGGGUUGAACAACAGCCCACAAUGGAAAGAUUAAUUUUACCUUUAACUUCAGUCUCGACAAUUCUGCCAGUGUUUCGAUGAUAGAACUAAGCAGAGACUCUUCUUCUUCAUUUAGCAUUAUGAAUAUGUAAUGUGAAUUUAUGACAGAAAGCAGCUUGUAAUGGAAUUGUUUUAAAUGCAAACUCCAGCUUAUAAUUGUGUAUAGUUGAUUUUUGUAUACAUAAUCAAAUGCAUUUGAUCAGCUGGACAUGUGUUGGCUGCUAUCUAAUUCAUGAACAAAUGUCAUAGGAUAGAAAUUUUAAAUAUUUAAAAAGAGAUUGUAUAGUAUAUUUGUUUUGUAACAGGUUUCUGUAAAUAAAUAAAAAUAUUUAUACUGUUA